GACGAUCUACGCAACUGGUUGGCCAAAUCGUGUUGCAGAGAAUACGAGUUGCAUCGCGGGGUUAAGACACUGGUUCACAAACACUGUCGUAAAGAUGAGGGCAAACCAGACAUCAGUGAUAAGCCGCUGAAAUCCAUUUGCGUCAACAAAAAGGGACAUCCAUUGAGUAAUAGCUUUUGCAACGGUCUGUCCGGUCGGCUACCGAUGGGCGCCGACUGCGACCAUAUUGUUGACAGUCUGGCCAAAGGUAUCGAUCCCUACUACAAGACUAAUCCCUACCCGACGCCCAGUGUUAGUGUCCGUCCGCCACAGCAUUCCGGUCCCAACCAGUCAUCCACUGCCAGACCUAACCCGCAGUCGACCGCAGUUUCCGUAUUAUUGGCGGCGAUUGUGGUUUCAAUAGCCGUCAAUGUCUAUGGCUUUUGUCCUCACUUUCCGCCUCCCGGCGGGCCCGGCCCGGAGGUCUUCUCUUCGUGA